CCUCUACUCAAGAGGCCCGGUUCGCAGAACUCGCAAGUACGGAAUCCCUUGCUCGAGAUCAACGGCAUCAUCAGGCAGUCAGAGGCUCACGCCAUGUACUUCAUUGAAGAAUCGCGCUGGCGCGGAGUCUCGGAGCAAGACGAGGAAGAUAACUUUUGGGACCUCCCCGCACCAGAGAUCCUCCCUGUUCGAGAGAUGCUGGAGUCCUUAUUAGGAGUGAACGUCCUUGCUCCCUUGGUCCGAUGCUCCAAGUUGCCUUUUCGACACCUUUGCUCGCUAUACGAGACGCACAUCACUCAUACGCCCAUGAUCUUGGCUCAAGAGUUCUCGAGAUCCCAGUCGGCUAGAAUGAGCGAUUUCUCUACCUCAAGCGAUGAGCGAGGGGUCUUCUGGAUGGAGCCGAAGGCAUCAGCGUCAUUCUCUCGCGAAGUCGACGAAAAUCGGGGUUCCAAUGGAUCGACCAGUUCGAAUCGAGGUCAGAGGACCUAUUAUGAGCCUGGACCGUCAACCCGCCUACCUCCAAUGCCGAUACCGCCUACCAAGCGCUCUCGCCUAGUCCGAGGAGCGCUCGUUGCUCAAUUUGCAUCGCCAAAUGCUGAGCACCUGGCGGACUCUGCUGAGCUGGUUGCAAGAUACGUUGAUGGCCUGGAUAUCAAUUGCGGCUGUCCCCAGAGCUGGGCGUACAAGGAAGGGGUCGGAUGCGCUCUCUUACGCAAGCCGGAGCUCGUGCACGAUAUGAUACGGCAGGUCAAGGGUAGAAUGGGAUGGAAUUGGCCAGUGAGCAUCAAGAUCAGAGUGGAUCCUGAGCUCAAAUUGACCGAUCAGCUGGUAAAGAAUGCUCUUGCAGUGAACGUAUCUCACAUCACAGUUCAUGGAAGGACGCGAUUCCAGAAAUCUUCCGACCCAGUCUCGUUGGAAGGCAUAAAGUUCGCAGUCGAGUCGACCAGCGGGCAAGUCCCAUGCGUUGGUAAUGGUGAUAUCUGGAGUUAUCAAGACGUGGCGCGGAUGCGGGAAGCGACUGGUGUGCAUGGAGUCAUGGCCGCUCGUGGCUUAUUGGCCAAUCCUGCGUUGUUUGCAGGCUACGAAACCACCCCGGCUCAUGCUGUAGAGCAAUUCGUCAAUCUUUCCGUAGAUUAUGGCUUCAUUUUCCCGCUCUUCCAGCGACACUUGGCGUACAUGAUGGAGGCUCACCUCCUCCGAGCAGAGCGAACAUGGUUCAACUCGCUGCCGUCCACUAUCUCGACGAUCGACUAUCUUUCUGGUCGAGGUCUCAACGUUGGGAGGGCUCAAAAAAUGUCCCCCGUAUGGGAUGCCCGACGAGGCCGUACACUGCAUUCUGUAUGAUG